AUGGAACCUCUCAGGAACCAAAGCUCCCUCCAUCCCAUGGUCCACCUCACCGGCAUCCCAGGACUGGAGACGAGAUAUAUUGGGGUCUCGUUUUCCUUCUGCAUCAUGUAUGCCAUUGCUUUCUUGGGGAAUGGUGUUGUUCUCCUAGUGAUCGUGAAAGAUCAGAGCCUCCACAAGCCCAUGUACCUCUUCCUCUACAUGCUGGCUGUGAGUGAGUUGGGGGUCUCCAUCUCUACCCUCCCCACAGUGUUGGGUGUCUUUCUGUUUGAUGCCAAGGAGAUUGGGCUGGAUGUGUGCCUGAGCCAAAUGUUCUUCAUGCACUACUUCACUAUGACAGACUCAGGGGUCCUCUGGGUGAUGGCCCUGGAUCGCUUCAUAGCCAUUUACAACCCUCUGCAAUACACCACCAUCCUGACAACCUUUAGGAUUAUUUUGAUAGGAUUAGGGAUUGCCAUGAGGAGUGUUCUACUGGUGGCCCCACUGCCUCUUCUCCUGAGGAGGCUGCCAUUUUGCAGGCCCAAUGUUCUGGCUCACCCUUACUGCAUGCACCCUGAUUUAAUCCAACUUCCAUGCGCAGACACCAGGGUCAACAGCAUCUAUGGUCUCUUUGUUUUACUCUCCACAUGUGGCCUUGAUUUCUUGUGCAUCGUCUUGUCCUACAUGAUGAUUCUCAAGACCGUUCUGACCAUGGCCUCCAAGGAAGGCCGUCUCAAGGCCCUGAACACCUGCGUCUCCCACAUCUGCGCCGUCAUGCUCUAUUACACUCCACUGAUUGCUUUGUCUAUGGUACACAGAUUCAGCAAGCACAAUUCUCUGAUGCUACACUCCCUGAUGGCCAACAUCUACCUCCUGGUUCCUCCGAUUCUGAACCCCAUCAUCUACAGCAUCAAAACAAAAGAGAUCCGCAAAGCCCUGGGGAGGCUUUUUUCUCAGAAGAAGUUCUGA